AUGACGUUCAAAUCUCUGAUGAACUUUGGAAACUUCGCCAAAGGGCCUUAUCAUCCUGGCAUCGAUAGAUACCACAACUCUAAUGGAUACCAUCAUAGUGGUUCUGGUGGCUAUUAUCAUGGCUCACGAGGAAGCUACAAGGGUAAAGGCGGAAGUGGAGCAGCGUUGAGUGCGUUGACCUUGCUCGCCUUCCUGUUCCUCAUAAACGUGAUGCAGCAAUCCAUGCAAGAUAACAAUACAAUGGCAACAACCACGACAUCCACGAUAGUGUUAAGGAACGAUGAUCAAUCGGUGGUCGCAGAUGUAAAAGAGGAGAAGGACAUCAAGAAGGACGAGGUGAAGCACGACGGUAUCUAUGGGACAUCGAUAAAAUCCAAGAUCCAAAGGCUUAACAGUCAAUAUAUUAAUUAAAUGAAAUUAAUUUGUACAUAAUGAUU